AUGGCAGCGCUAUGCCAAGCUCAAGAAGAUGAUAUGUUCUCGAGGAAUUUACACAAGAGGUUCAAUGGACUUGUAAUGAUCAGGACAAGGGCCAUUAGAGGGAAAGGCGCGUGGUACUGGUCACAUUUGGAGCCAAUCCUCUUUCGAAACCAAGACACUGGCACAGCCAAAUCCCUUAAACUCAAGUGUAGCCUCUGCAGAGGUCUGUUCUCUGCUUCAAAUCCUUCUAGAACUGCAUCUGAGCAUCUUAAACGUGGCACCUGCCCGGAGUUCCAGAAUGGGGUUACUCCCAAGUUCAGAAAAAACAACCGUUUGUUGCCAUCAGUUGCUAUGAUUCCUGCCCCUUGCUCAGCAGUCAAGCCGAUUAUCAACAGACCACAAUUGACUCAAACACAAAUAGAUACAGCUUUGGAUCUGCUUGCAGAAUGGUUUUACAUGUCCUGCGGUUAUGUUUCUCUCUCAACCCUCAACCACCCUAAGUUUCAAGCUUUCCUUCAUCAAGUUGGACUACCACAAGUAAACAAGGACUCUAUCUUGGGGAGAAAACUUGACUACAAGUAUGUGGAGGCUAAGUUUGAGUUUGAGGAUAAACUUCAUGAUGCAAUGUUCUUUCAGAUGUCAACCAAUGGCUGGAAAAAUGAAGAUCAGAAGACCUGCGCUCAGAGCGAAGCUUUUGUGAAUGUUACCUUGAACCUUCCCAACAAAAGCAGUCUAUUUCACAAGAUGUUAUUCCUCGGUACCACCAGCACACCUAACUCGACGGGCGUUAAAGAAUUACUGAGCUCCAUUAUUAAUGAGGUUUCAAACGGUGACGUUUUUCGGUGUGCUGGAGUUGUUGCAGAUGUCGGCAAUGUCAUUAACGAGGCACUGCUGGAGUUAGAGUUACAGUUUCACUGGAUGGUGAAUACCACAUGCCAAGCAAAAGCAUUGAAAAACCUUCUCAAUGAUUUCUUCAAAUGUCUUCCCAUCUGUAUACAAACAGCAUCUCUUUGUCACAAACUGGUUCAUAUUUUCAACCCCCAGAAAAAAUCUAGUAACAACAUCAUCUGUCUCAAUCCCCAACAAACCUUUACCCAUGACCAAACCUCUGCGGCCAUAUCUUCCAUAAAGAAUGUCGCCCGCAUGUCAUGCUCACUGAAUGAAGAAGCUUCUCAGGUCCUACCCAAUCAAGUUAUCUCUACUGAUCCACUAGAUGAGGAAUUACAUGUUGCACUCAGAGAUCCAAAGUUCUGGAGGGAUUUAGAGUGUGUCGUAUGCCUAAUAAAGCUCAUGACAACAUUAAUAGAGGAGAUUGAAGAAGAAAAGCCAUGUUUAGGACAAUGUCUUCCACUAUGGGAAGGACUGAAGAGUAGAAUCAAAAUUUGGUGUAACAGUUUCUCAGUUGAAGAAAAAACAGUGAUGGAGUUGGUGAAUAUUCAACUUUCAAAAAACUACCAUCAAGCUUGGGCAGCGAGCUAUAUUCUGGAUCCUCUUUAUUUGAUUGAAGACAAUUGCGGCAGGUACCUACCACCUUUUAAGUACCUUAAUUCUGAACAAGAAAAAGAUGUAGUAAAAAUAAUAACAAGGUUAACUCAGAAUGAAGAAGAGAAACAUCUUGCUUUAAUGGAGUUGAUGAAAUGGAGGACGAAAGGUUUAGAUCCAGUAUAUGCACAAGCAGUCCAGGCAAAAGAGAGAGAUCCAGUCACUGGAAAGAUGAAAGUGGUGAAUCCAUGUGGAAGUAGAUUGGUUUGGGAGACUCAUCUGACUGAAUUCCAGGUGUUGAAAAAAGUGGCAGUGCGGUUAAUUUUUCUUCAGGCAACAACAGGGAGUGUGAAAAUGAACCAUACAUACUUCAAUUUGCUUUGUGGGAAUAGUAAAUCAGGCAAUGCUGCUUUUGAAAGGGCUCAAAAACUAAUGUUUGUGUCAUCAAAUGGUAGAUUGGGGAGAAAAGAGUUAACAUACGACGAAGAAGAAGAGACUCUUAGGUUGCUGCAGUUGCAAGAGUGA